CUCAAAGGCUAGUGGAGCUCGCAAGGCCACUCAAGCCUCUCUCCGACUACCACCUGCCGAAGCCCUCGGCAGCCCAAAUGGCGCUACCCACGCUCUCUCAAUUCAAAUCUCCUUUCCACAAUCUCUCCUUUCCUUCACCACGGCUAAAAGGACAUGACUCUAACCAUAGCUCUUCUUUUCUACAUCGCUCCUCCUACAGUCGAAGGCCUACCGGCGCCGUCUCUCUUCAACCGCCACGCUUUGUCGGCUCCGGAAACGGAGAUUACCAUCACGAGCGAAGCUCGCAUGUCCGGCCGCCAGAGAUCCCAUGGAGAAAGGAUAUUGCUAACUCUGUCAACCUCAUUGGAACCAUCGGUACCUCGGUCCAAAUAAAGCAACUCAGCAGUGGCAAGGUCCUAGCUUGGACUCGCCUCGCGUUCAAGAAGUCGUCCUCCGAGACUUCGUGGAUCAAUCUGACCUUCUGGGAUGAGCUGGCUCAUGUGGCCUUUCAACAUGUUGAGAAGGGCAAUCAGGUGUAUGUUUCAGGCCGUCUGGUAUCAGAUACCACAGAGGGGGAAAACGAUAAGCGUUUGGUUUUCUACAAGGUUGUGGUUCAGCAGCUAAAUUUUAUUGAGAGGAGCAUCCCACCAGUUUCAUUGUAUGAACAGGGCACUGAGUCCAUGGAUUCUGGUCUGAAGAAUGAAAAUUAUUCCGGCAACAAUUUUGCUUCAGCUUCAGCAGAGGAGCUCUGGCAAGCUUUCUUUGCUAAUCCUGUUGACUGGUGGGACAAUAGAAAGAAUAAGAGGAAUUCCAGGUACCCAGAUUUUAAGCACAAGCACACUGGUGAAGCUUUAUGGAUUGAAGGCAAGAACAACCCAUCUUGGGUGAAGAGUCAGUUGGCUAUAUUAGAUGAAAGGAUGGGUUCUUUUCAACCUCAUGGAGCAAACUCUGCUGUUUCUUUGCUUAAUGGGAAUGAUUUUCUAUCCUUCUAAUUUUGUUUUAGUUAUCCUAAAUUUGCACUGCUAUUCAAAGUUUUUGUUUUGGUCCAAAUCCCUUGUUUCUCUUGAUUUUUUUUUUUAAUUUCAAUAAUGUUUUUCUUUGUCCGAUUCUUAAACUUAUAUCAAUUAGGUGCAAAGGCACCUCCUAUAGUCAUUUCUA